AUGGCUGAAAAUGAUGUGCUAAGUUUUUAUGAUGAAGAAUCUCCUUCAUGCAGUGAGCGUGAUGUUGGUUUAAAUUUCCAGUAUGAAUGGCUUGUUAAAGUUUGUAAGAGGCCAAUUGGAAAUGGCGAGUAUGCAAUUUUAAAUGUAUCACCUGCGUUCAGCACUGCUUACAAUGGAAUACAGUUCACAUGGACACUAAGACUGAAUGCAGACUGUCUGGCUCAUGAUUAUUUAGAUGGAGGCAGCAAUGGCGUCAAUGUGUUUUUGUAUUAUAAAGAUGGACCAGCACAGGACGUCUCUAUACUUGAUGGAAAAAUUACAUUAAUGGAUAAGAAAGGGAAAAUUAUUUUUUCCGACCUGAAGAUUCCUGAAAGUGAAUGGACUCGAGGUAGUGGAUGGCCUGCAGUAACGGCUACAGAAGACCAUCGUGCGAUUUCUGCAUUCUUAAAUGAUAACGUUAACUCUAUAAUUAGAAUAGCGGUUAACAUCAGGAUGUCAGCUGCUGUUUUUUCUCCACUUCACUAUUUUCCACAGCUAGACACUGCUGGUACAAGAUUAGAAGACGCUUGUAGGAAGUAUCUUUGUGAUGUUGGGAUUGAUCCAUCUAUAGUUCCAGACUCUGACAUCGUUCUCAACGAGCCUGACGUUUUUGCAAUACAUCGUUUGAUUUUCAAUCACGGAUGUAACCAUUUGGAGCAAGCGCUCAAUUCAACUUAUGACAAAAAGAAGAUUCAUAACGUUUUUGCGCACAUUUAUUUUACUGAGUGUGUAAUGCAGUCUGUUGAGGGCUUUACUGAUUUCAUUAGAGUAAUUGAGGGAUUGCGUUAUCAUAAUGUAACUGGACUCAUACGGGAAGCUGAACGUUUUAUUUGUAGGAAGCUUGUUUCUUGUCGUAAGGAUACGGGCACCGUGAAGAAGAUGCUGCUUCUUGCCGAAAGAUAUCAGAUGCCCGUAUUGAAAAUGAUGUGCGCAGGGAUUCUUGCAGAUCAUAUUAUCGAAUAUACUGACUCUGCGCGACGGUUCGAUGUAAUAACCAAAGAGAUGAAGCUGAUAGCUAAACAAAUAGACGCCGACGACUCAUUUUCUGACGAAAAUAAAAAUAAUGACAUCAUGGUCGAGAGCGUGGUCGAAGAACUUAAAUUGCUUGCUAAAAGGAUGCGACGAGUUUCAGUGUCCAGGUCAUCGUCUACAACAAGUACGAAGUCUUCGAGAUCUAAUUCUCCCUCGUCACAUUCUCCUUUACAUAUUUGUCAGUAA